CAUCGCUGCCAAAUUAUAAGUUUUGUAUAGGUCUUGAAACAUGUUUCAUUCUCACUAAUUGCCACCACGUUCCCGCCAAAUCAGUUCACUAUGGCUUCCAAGUCCCAUAUGUUUGGAACCUUCUUCUACGGCUGGGACAUGCUGCUGAAGACAAUUCAGAGUCAUUUAAAUAAGAAGGCUGAUCUAUUGAUGGCACUGGCCCAUUUCUUGCUGACUAAGCACUAUCACGCCUAUUGCGUGGGCAUUGGGGAUGAUAAGACCGUGCCGGAGCAGGAGUCCGGCUCUGAGCUGCUCCCGGAGCUUUGGAACGAUGAUGAGACAAACUAUGAACUGCGCUAUGUGAGCAACAAUAACGUGUUGUUGUUGCUGGGUCGCCUAACCGAGGACACCUUGAUCAUCAAUCUGCUGAAUUCCAAUACAAAGAAAGUGUCCAACAUUUGCAUAGAACCAGAAACACUGGUGGCUGCUCUCCAGGGCGAUGUUAGCACCCUUGUGCCGAAAGUUUCGGAAAUCGCUACCCGGUUCCGUAAGGAGCUCUUGGACCCAGUGAUCAAGGGGAACUCCUCUGAGGUUACAACACAGACAGCUGCACUGCCGGGGAGGUCAAGAUAUGAUUAUGGCUUUCUAUUUCCGAACCGCAAUUCUACGUCCGACCAUCGACCACCACCCAGAAGGGGACCCCCCGACUAUUACUUGUAGCUUCUAACUGGCUGGCCGACUGACCUACCGUCGCGACGUCCACUCAUCAUCACUGAAUAUAGAACAAGGUGCAAUAAACCAUAGAGAAUUUA